UUUAAAGUGUAGUUUAAGGUAAUUUUUACUGUUUUUUUUCAUAGUGAAGAUGGGUGACGAGUACGAAAAAAAGUUAUCGAGUUUGGAAAAGUAUAUUCCAUUUUUGAAUGAUAUGCUAGCACAGUUAAAGGAUUCAAAGAAGAUAGAUAAAAAAAAACAACUGAAUAAAAUGGAAUUUCUGUACUCUAUUAUUACGAAUAGAAGGAAAAGAGUCAAAUUUGAGAGCCUACAAAAAUGCGAGGACGUCAUUAUACAGCUAUACAAUAAAGUGAACAAAAAUCCAGCCCAGAACGAAGCCCCUGUUAAAUCGAUAGAUUCGUCUAAAUUAAGUCCUAGUCCUAGUCUGCCACGAGAUAUAAUUCAUAGCAAACCCAUGGUCAUGCCUUCAGAAAAAGUUGGAAAACCAAAUAGGGUUGAAAAUGAUAAUUUGUCCAGCGAACCAGUCUUCUAUCCGUACAGCGUAUCUGGUGGUUCGUUAAACCAAAAUAAGUCCAUUUUGGACUCCAACGAAUUCGACAUAGCGCUCUCGAAACCACCUAUAAGUUUGGAUGAUUUACAAAGACUUGAAGAAGAUGUACGUGACAAAAUAAUAAACUCGCCUCCUGGCAAUGCACUGGAUGACAAAUUUUUGGACGACUUUUGCGAUUUGAAUAAAAUUAUCAACCUUGAAACUAGUAGUUUACCGGAAAAAAAUACAACCAAAUUGCCUGUUAAAGUACCACCGAAACUUUCAGAAUGUGUAAAAACUGGAAAGACGAUAAAAGAUUCUGACAGUAUUUUUGGUAAUACGCUAUCAAAAAUCGAUAAUCAAUUAUUGGAAAAAAGUAAGGAAAAAGAUACUAAAAAAGAGAGGACUUCAUGUAUCAGCAAAGAGUAUAAAAAGGAAAGGAUUUUAAGUAAAGAAAGUAAACAUAAGCACAAGAAGUACGACUAUAAGAAAUACCAUAAAGAUUACAAACAAAAAGACCAUAAAACUGUCAUUAAGACUAAAGAAACUAAAAGAGAAGAAGGCAAAAUAUACAUUAAUCGUGGAGAAAACGACAGCAACAAAAAACCUUCUGCAAAACCCGACAUUCUAAAAUCCAUUUCUGAAAUCAUAGAUGAGAGUAAAAAAAACGCGUUUAAAAUACCUCUACUAGGUAAAAAACUACCAGAGACUAUAACGAGCAGUAGUGUACAAAACGUUCCUGUUCAAGUGGUGGAACCGCCAAAAAUGGUGCCUCCACCAAAUUUAGCCGAAUUCAUCAGGAUUGACCAAAAUGUACCAACGAAUAGUUUUCAUUACAUCCACAGACAACAGAAUAAUAUAUCUGUACCUAUACAGCAUAAUUUUGGAAGCCCUGAUUAUAACAACCCCCACAGUAAUAGGGUGACGCCCAUAAUAAACGAACAAUAUUUUACAACACCAUACUUUAAUAAUGCACCAAAUGAACACAGACCAAUUCAAUUCAUAGGUCAGCAACAGCAUGAUAAGCCAGAGUUCAUGGAGGAUUACCAGUUCAUCCAGCAAAAUCAAUUUAGUUAUGAACCCUCUCCUCCACUGAAUAGAUCUCAGUAUAGUUUGAAUAAAGAUAAUAGAGACCCCAGAAGUUAUAAAGAGCAACAUAAACAAUAUGAGAAUAAUGAUUUUAACCAGCCACAAACUUCUAAGUUUAGAGAGGAAGACUCCAGACCAAACUUAAGGGACCCUAGACUAGCCAGAGUUGACCCUAGGCAGCGCAACCGUGACCCUAGACUAAACAGAGAAGAUCCUAGACCACAAAAUCGGGAUCCUAGACAGUUCAAAGUAGACGAUAAACCUAGAGGUCGAUCUAAAGAAGCAAAAGAGGUUGGAGAUACGCAUGAUUCAAUUCGAUACAAAAACCAAUUCGAUAGGGUUUAUAGUGCUAUGAAUAAUAAUAGAUCUAGUUCGGAUGUCGGCGACAAAAACAACAACUCCAGAACAGUUUACGGGGUUCAGAACUUCAAAAUCCCAAAAAUCAUAAAGGAGGUCCAUAUUACAAAAAGUGCAGAUGUUGAAUCUGAUCUUAACUUGGAAGGAGGACCAGAAAUUAAUUCUCUAAAAGAACCAGAACUUGUAGAGUCGACAUCGGAAACUAUUACUGAAACAGUAUCUUCAAGUGUACAAGACGACGCCAAAGAAAAAAGUGCAGAGAAAGCAGUAAAGAAACAACAUACACAAGAAGAUAAAGACGGAAAACCCGAGACCAAAAACGAUAGCAGGAAAUCGGAGCAAAAUGUUUUGGCGCAAUUUUUCGCCAAUCUGAUGGGUAGCGAGGAUAAAAAAGAGAAAAAAGGUGCCUUUCUAUCGUUGAUGAGAACUUUUAGCGACAGUUUCAGUGAUUCGCAGCUCGAGAAAAUUUCGAAUAUAAUUAAAGAUGAGGAUGAUGAGGCUGCCAAAAAAACUGCAGAUAAAUCAACCGUAGAAACCAACAAAGAAAAAGAAUGCCCGGUUGUUGAUCAAGAAGAAGAAGAAGAGGAACCUUCCAAUAUUCAGGAGGUUAAAGUACGGAGGAAACCUGGUCCUAAACCAAGGAAGAAAGGAACAGAGGUUUUACAGGCUGACCCAGUAAAAGUCUUAGUGGGGGGACGUAUAAAGAAGUACAAAAGACCGACUUCGACAAGAGUCAAAAGACCGACUUCGACAAGAGUCAAAAGACACAAAACAGAAUUGGAUCUUUUACACGAAAAUAUUCAAGACAUGUUUAUAAGUGAUGUGUUGACGGCGAAUAGCAAAAGAUUAUGUCGCAUGCCAAAAUCUUAUCCACAAGCAUUGAAUACAGACAUGAAGGAUGAAGAGAAAGAUAGUAAAAAGAAGAUUUCACGAAAAGAAGACUCAGUGGGUGUAAAACAUAUGUCGAACGUUAAGGUUGUUAAAAUAUCGCCUAAAGAAUCUUUAGAAACUGAAGAUUCGAAACAUGGCAAGGACGAAGAAGACAAAAACACGCAAAAAACAAACAAACGUAAACGUGAGACCCUCUGGGGAAGCGCUUUAAUUAAUAAGUGGAAAAAGAAGAAAACUGAUGAAGAUAAACCAAUCGUUGCACCAGACGAGGAAAAAAACAAAACGCAAUGCAAGUUGUGUGCGUUUACUGGCAAAUCCUUGACGCAACAUUGCGUUAUGAACCACCCAGAUGAAGACGUAUGGUCGUCACGACUCACAAAGGAAAACGCCAAGUUGGCGCUGGAAGAUGCCAGAGUAAACAUGAAAAAAUACGAAGAGUUGACAACCGCGUUCAAGCUUAAACGUAAAUACAAAUUUGCUUGCCGCUUUUGUACGCAUAGUAACUCGAUGCGUCCCAUUGCGUUCUACGAUCAUGUCACAAUGCAUACGGGGGAAUUUAGGUUUAAGUGUCAAGACUGCAACUACGCCAAUAAUAACAGCAAUGGUUUGGGGGUUCACAUACAGAAAAACGAAGCCCAUCAACGACGUGUUCUACCCAGUAAAUUAUCCGGUUUAUACACAUUUUUGUUCAUGUGUAACGAGUGUAAUUAUUGCCAAAUAGACGAGGAGAAUGUUAAGAAACACGCAAAGAAAUCGCACGGAAAAAACGUCAAGAUUACAAAGAUUGUAUCUUCCACAUUACCCAUAUUAGACGUGGACGAUGAUUACCUCCAAAAGAGAAGAAUGCAGUUGGAGAAAGACGAAGUAGAUACGACUGUUAUCGAAAAGAAGAGACAUGUCAGAAAGGCUAUCAUCGACUAUACAACGUCUAAAAUAUCAGAAGAACCAACCUUAAAAAAAAAGAAAACUUCCGAUGAAACGGAUUCUCUAAUGGAGAACCUUAACGCACCUGCAAAUUUGGAUUUAUCCAUCAAAGAUGUAGUAUUACCACAACGACAUUCAAAAAGGGCUGCUAAAGAAAAGGCGAUAGCCAAAAUAAAGGCACAACUGGAAGAAGACAACCCCAAAAAGGAUAAAUCUACAGUUUUGCCAAAUCAAUUUGAGGAAGAAGCUACACUUAUUAUACCUGAGGUAGAAAUACAGGGCAUUCAAAUCAACGAUACUGAUAUGAAUGAAGAUAACGAAAAAAUCGAGGGAUUAAAGAAAAUGGAGGAUGUAAACAAAUUCGUAGCUACAAAUCGCAACUCUCUAAAGUUUGUGGAAAAAUUGAGUUCCAGGCUACAAAACAACAAAUCAACAGUUUUGCAAAAUCAAGUUGAGGAAAAAGCAACACUUAUUAUACCUGAGGUAGAAAUGCAGGGCAUUCAAAUCAACGAUACUGAUAUGAAUGAAGAUAACGAAAAAAUCGACCGGGAAAGAUUAAAGAAAAUGGAAGAUGUAAACAAAUUCGUAGCUACAAAUCGCAACUCUCUAAACUUUGUGGAAAAAUUGAGUUCCAGGCUACAAAACAACAAAUCAACAGUUUUGCAAAAUCAAUAUAAGGAAAAAGCAACACUUAUUAUACCUGAGGUAGAAAUGCAGGGCAUUCAAAUCAACGAUACUGAUAUGAAUGAAGAUAACGAAAAAAUCCACCGGGAAAGAUUAAAGAAAAUGGAGGAUGUAAACAAAUUCGUAGCUACGAAUCGCAACUCUCUAAACUUUGUGGAAAAAUUGAGUUCCAGGCUACAAAACAACAAAUCAACAGUUUUGCAAAAUCUAGUUAAGGAAAAAGCAACACUUAUUAUACCUGAGGUAGAAAUACAGGGCAUUCAAAUCAGCGAUACUGAUAUAAAUGAAGAUAACGAAAAAAUCGACCGGGGAAGAAUUAAGAAAAUGGAGGAUGUAAACAAACUCGUAGCUACAAAUCGCAACUCUCUAAACUUUGUGGAAAAAUUGAGUUCCAGGCUACAAAACGAGGUUUUCGAUAAGUUAAAGCCAGAGGAAGAAGAUGGUAUACCUGAAUUAGUUCCACUUCCUGCUAUAGAAGUACCAGUAACAUCUUCAUUGCCAGUAGUGGAAACUUCAAUUAAAAAACCUGUUUUCGUGGAAGAACCACUACAGAUAUCAAAUCUAAUAAACCAAGUUCCGCAGAAGUCCAACAGUUUUAUUGCCGGUAUAAUUGGCAAACUAAAGGACUCAUUAGACAAAAACUUAAGUGAUAAAGAUGACGACAGCAGUAGGCCGCCGAAUUUGCUGCACCUGAACGAUGUUAACGAUAAAGCAUCUUUGGACGAUAGUGUGAUAUUGAAUUAUCGCUACUUUAAAGUUGUUAAAAAAGACGAUGUGUUAACGUAUUCAUGCCAAGUACCCCCUUGUGUGUACAGCUGUGAAAAUCAGGAUUCGUUCAUGAAACAUUGCAAGGAGCAUGGAAAGAUCGAUAAAGUAGAUUGCGAUGUUUGUAAGCUUACCAUCGAUGGUGGUAUGAUGGACGACAUGUUUCGACAUGUCUUGAAUGUGCACUUGACUGAAUCCGAUUCGUUGAGCGAUGACAAAUUGUCCACUGUGGUCGAUAGAACACCCGACUUAAGUAACAGCGAUAUAGAGGAAGAUAACAUAGUUACAGGAGAUAUUAUUGAAAGUAAAAACCCGGGACAAGACAAGAACCCGUUAAAAUUAAAAAUCUCUGAAGUCGUUGUACCUCCUCUUAGACCGCUAAAACUAAAAAUACCCAGAAUUAAUUCUAAAAUAUUCGGGUUUAAAAUGAACGACAAGCAGUUAAGAAACCCGAGGAAAAGUAAGCAAGCCAUGGCUAAAUUUUUGACCGCUUUAAGCGAUCUAUACAAGUGCCCGGCGUACUCUUGUUUGUUCUCAACGAACGUACGCGACUUUUUCGAGUCUCACCUAAAAUCGCACAAAAUGUGGGCCAACUCCUAUAUACCCUGCGUGUAUUGCGACUAUAAUAUCUCUUGUGAGCACGUCACCACCCAUAUAGACGUAAAACACGGCAAUUGCCGUUACGCUUGCGGCUACUGCCUGUACAGAACCGUGAAUUCUGAUUAUGUUUACGCGCAUCACUUACAGAGGCAUGGAGGUAAAGGAAAACCUAUAACUGUACAAGUUGGCAUCACUGCAGUGCGUUUGGCCGCAGAAUCACAAAACACCUCUCCGUCAUUGAAUAUACCGAAAUAUUGCAAACCUUAUCAUUGCAAACCUUGCCAGAAAUCUUUUCUAUUCGAGAACGACUUUAACCGUCACUUGUUGCGUCACAACUUCGUGGACUUGAUGCAAUGCGGAUAUCCGGUUGUAUGUUCCGCUUUGGAAUCCACAAACAAGAUGGUUCAGCAUUGGAACUCCGUGCACAAUGUGUGCGCAUAUCAGUGCGGAUAUUGCUACUUCAAUGCGCCCAAUCAGGUUACCACAUUCCAACACCAAGUCGCAAUACAUUUUAAUCAAAGUCCCAUGGUGUAUUGCAGAAUUAAUCCCAACGAGAACAUAGACAACCUCUUCUACGGCAAUGAAGCUUUGGCCAUGCUUCCGGUUCUACGCCAACUUCCGGAUUCCAUGAAGCAACCGGAAGCUCCAUCUAAAGGUCAACCAAUCAAAGUUACCAACGUUUACGCCAAAGAAAAUUCUUUACUGGAUUCGCCGAUAAAAAUCGUUUCCGGGUUAACGACGACGACCGGAAGUAAGCUUUUCCAAGUUUUGCCGAGCGAGUCCUUAAUAAGUUUGGCGACUAACGCGAAGUUCCAGAUUUUAAAGCCUAUUCCUAAUAGGUUUAAUUCCCUGUUUUCGCUUGCCAAGCUUCCUCAAAUCACUGUAACCUCUAUAGUAUCGACUUCUUCAUCUUCUUUAACAUCCCUACCAUCCGUAGUACCGACCUCAUCUUCUUCAUAUUCUUUAACAUCCCUACCAUACAUAGUACCGACUUCUUCAUCUUAUGUAACAUCCCUACAAUCCACAUCUAUAGGACAAGGGUCCUUUUUACAACAAACUUCUUCUUCGGGAAACUCGCAACCAGCAGAGAUAGGAAGGAUUGAAAUUCCUCCGGUAGAAAUUUCAUCGAAGACGUCUGAACUCCCGGAACAAUCUGAAGUGAAUUUUUUUAGCGUUGCGGACUCUGAAAGGAAGAGUUUAUUGCAAAAGAACGCCACAUCUUCGGAAGACGAAGGAUCCGAGAAGAGUUCUGACAAACGCUGUCUUGCCGGCAAAGACCUGUUCAAGUGCGCCUACUGCGACUGCGCGUAUCCCAACGCCAACGCCUUCAAAUACCACGCGGCGUUCUCGAUCACGUGUCGAUCGGCCACCAAUCAGGAGACGCCGUUCGAGUGCGCGCACUGCAAACGUCGCCUAAACAGUGCGCAGGCGCUGGUAGAUCACAUUCAGUACCACGGCAACUUCAAAUACUCUUGCUCGCUGUGCGAGGACCAGUAUCCUUCUGCUGCGCAAAUAAGGAGCCACAUGAAAACAAAACACAACGUCGCCAGUAUACUGUUAACGCCCCUUAACAACCAGCAACACGACACCCAGGAACUGCACGAGUUCUUGGUGCGACCGCGGUUCGCGCAGGCCGCCGCAACGACCGCCACUAAGGAAAAAUCGGAAAGCAUGGAAUUUAUGCCCGACAAAAUCGACCGCAUCCCGUCGCGGGCGAUUUUCACCGCGCCGCUAAAGUGCGAAAUGUGCGGGUACACGAACAAAGUGAGGGCUAACUUCGUGCGCCACUUGAGGAUGCACGGCGAGGGGAAAGAGGUGCCCCGCUCGGCACCUGUGAAUCCCCUGCCCUCUUCCGGCAAGAAAAAGAAGACGUUCGAUAAGAUGGCAAACAACUGGUUCCAAGGAGGCGGAACGGGCGGCCAAGAGAAAAGUAUAAUACUAUUGGACGAUACAACGAUACAGCCUAAAGCCGCUAAAAUCUCAAAACCCUCUACUUCUGCAACCCACCACACACCACCGCCAUCUUCGAUGGAUUCUUCCAUUGAGACAGUGGCGUCGGGAAGUUUCUCAAAGAAAAAAUCCCUUCACGUAAGCGAGGAUUUCAUAGCGAAAAUCAACAAGGACGUUAAAAAAACCGCCAAACAGCUGGAAAAAUUGAAGAAAAGCAAAGAAGUCGUCGUAGUUUCCGACGACGAUGCGCAGAAAACCGAGGAAAAACAAGUGCCGGAUCCCUACGACCUGACUCACUUGAUUAGCGAGUUCGGCGGAUUCGGCAACCCGCUCGACAAGCAGUUCAAAUGCCCCGUGUGCGAGAAAUUCAAGAGCGCACAGGUGGUCGAUUUUAUUUUGCACCUGUACAAGGAGAAGAAGGUAAAGAGAUUCAGGUGCCGAAAAUGUUCGGCCACCUCCGUUGCCUACGAUAUCAUGCGCCGUCACAUGACUAAGUUGCAUGAUACCCCCACCCCGUGGGAAGACAUUAGGCGGCUGCCGCGUCACAAAAAACUCGAAGCCUGGAUACAGUUGCUGCUGCGCGCGCAGGCAGAUGAAAUAAUCCGCAAAUGCGGCGCAGUACCUGCUGUAAUUGACGAUAACGAAAAGAUUAUUCGCGCGUGCAAGUUUUGCGAUCUAAAGUUUUCAAGCGAAGGUCGUCUGGAAGAGCACCAUUUGGUGCACUGGAGGAAAAAGCCGUUUAGGUGCGGCUUGUGUAAAUUUGACGAUGUAAGGCGCGAAAAAGUGGUCGAGCAUUGGAAGAGAGAGCACACAGGCGAGUGUGCAGUCUCCAUUAGAGCACCUCUGGUCGCGGUGGUUCUCGCGAGCAAAGACGAAAGCGAUAAACAAUCGCAUAAAGAGGCUGAGAAAGAGCUCGACCUCAAAAAAAUUAAAACCACCCUGCCAGUGAAUCAGCUGGGUUUUAACGUGACUGCGGAACAGUUGGGCAACAUUGUCGACCUAAAUUGUUACGUGGAAGUGGAAAAAUACGUCCCCGAAGAAAUCUAAACAUUUCCUGACACGUCGACGAUUUUUAAACCUUGGACCAUGCACCUACACUUUCUAAAAGUCUUAAUGGUCUUUUUUGAAAUUUAUCCCCAAUUGAGCUGUGAUAAAUUAUUAGUUUUAAAUUGAUAAUUUAGGUUUAAAAACUUGUUUGGUUUCAAUGUUUUAAACGAUUUUGUUGAUCUAGUUUUAAUAUGUAAAACGUUUGAGUUACGUUUAAUCUUUUC